AUGGACUCAUACGAUAGUGACUCGUCUGGAAUAGACGAAGAGCUUGAUGACUACACGGAAACCGGAGUCCUUCUUGGAUAUGCUUCAAAGGAAGAGCUCAGUGAUGCUAUCAGUCAUCUAGGUGGAUGGCCGACAUGGCUUGACCCCGCGACCCCUCCUCCAGGAAACUUCGCCAAAUGCAAGGUCUGCAAUGACCCGAUGCCGCUUAUUCUACAGCUCAAUGGCGACCUACCGGAACAUUUUGCGCAUGACGAGAGAUGGCUAUAUAUAUUCGGUUGUGUGAGGCGGACAUGUAGUCGCAAAAAAGGGAGCAUACGAGCUCUGCGCGCGGUGAAGAGGCACAAGACGGUCGAGGAGAGGGAAAAAGUGUUUGAGAAACAAAAAGAAGAGGCGCAGAAUAAACCCAAACGAGAUUUAGGAGCUGAUCUGUUUGGUGUAAAAUCCUCUUCCAGCGCAUCGGGAAGCUCGAAUCCUUUCUCAACAUCCUCAAGCGGUGGUGGUGAUGGUAGUCGUGCCAACCCCUUCGCUUCGCUACCCCCUACAUCCUCGCUUGCAGCAGUAGUACCGCAGAAACCGGAUGAAGAGACGACGGCAUCACCAAUAGCUACGAGUGAAACCCUUCCUGAGACAUUUGCGCAAAAGGCGCGCAUUUCAUCACCUUCACAACAACCUUCCAAACCUGUUGCUGGGCCACAGGCUCCUUGGCCGGAACAGUCUGCUUUCCCACCGCCGUAUCCACAUUACUUCUUCGACGCUGACUAUGAAGCUCUGUCUAAGACGGAGGAGCGAAUACCUUCCAAUGUAAAGGUAGAUAUGCUCGAGGCCGAGAACGACACUUCAUCCUCAGCAACUGGUAAAAAGGAUACGGAAAAGGAAAUAUUUGAAUCAUCAAUGGAUAAAGCAUUUAUUCGGUUCUCGACACGCCUGGAGCAUAACCCGGAACAAGUACUGAGGUAUGAAUUCCGAGGUAUGCCGCUACUUUACUCUACGGGCGAUGAGGUAGGGAAACUAUUCGCUUCAGAAAACACAGGCCAAGCACAAGCGAAUGUGAAAGUGCAGGUUAGCGGGAGCAAAGGCAGCAGCAAGAUACCCCGGUGUGAGACGUGUGGUGGUGAACGUGUAUUUGAGCUCCAGCUUGUACCGCAUGCUAUUGCCAUGCUCGAAGAGGGCAUGGAAGGGAUAGGGCUAGGACCCAAGGAUGAUUUGGGCAUGGAGUGGGGGACUGUUAUAUUAGGUGUUUGUGCGGCAAACUGUGCACCUGAGACCAUAGGGGAGGCGGGCUGGAGGGAGGAAUGGGUAGGUGUACAGUGGGAGGAGAGACUACGGCCUGAAUAA